AGAUUCGAGAGUAUAGAGAGCGGGAUGGAAACGACGACAGCGGCGGCCGGCGACGGAGCAGUGGUGGCGGUGGGGCGUGGCAAGAAGAACCGGAUCCAGGUGUCCACCAACAAGAAGCCGCUCUUCUUCUACGUCAAUCUCGCAAAGAGGUACAUGCAGCAACACAAUGAGAUUGAGCUCUCAGCUUUGGGAAUGGCUAUUGGCACCGUAGUCACUGUUGCUGAGAUUUUGAAGAACAACGGACUCGCUACUGCGAAGAAGAUCCAGACAUCUACAGUCGGCACAAAAGACGAAGCAAAGGGACGAUUGAUUCGGAAGGCAAAGAUCGAGAUCUUACUCGGGAAGACAGACAACUUCAACGACAUCGUGGCUGCUGAUAAUAGAACGAAAGACUGCUCCAAGGACAUCAAUAAUUCUGCUGGCAAAGUGUCUCACGGCGCAGCUGGAAAUGAAAAACCUGACAACUCCAAUGGCAUUGCGUUUGCUGACAAAGUAGCUCAAGAUGCAGUCGAGGAUGUCAUCGUUUCUGCUGAUCAAGCAGCUCGUGAGGCAGCUGAAGAUGAAAAAAAGAAGUGAUGGGUUGGAUCAUGGAUGUGCCUUUGGAUGUUCUGUAAAUAUAGCUCUUACUGCUUAAGAAAUAUGUGUUCUUUGCCCAAAAGAUAAGUGAAAUAAAUAAACAUUUAAAUGUG